ACGAAUUCUAUAAACCUGCGUGCCAUUCACGCGUCGGUGUUUUCUACUGAAAUUAUAAACCACCCGACCCGGGAUUAUUCUUGGGUGGACAAUUCGAUUUCUUUACAACUUUGGGGAUUUUGAUUUUUGAAGUAGGCAACUUUACCAAUUGCAGCAGAAAUUUUCUUCCUUAUACAAAUCAUUUCGUUUUGUAAUCCAAAGAGAUUUCAGGUAAUAGCAUAGAACAUAGAGACAUAGAGAUAUCUGAAUUGUAGAAAAAAAAUGGGAGAGGAAGAGAGAAAGAAGAGGGUGGUGGUGGAGUCGCUAGGAUGGCUGACGGAAUCCUCCAUCAUGCCCAAGAAACACCGCAACAUCGAAGGCGUCGGUGCCUCCUCCAUCCUGGAACUCAAAGCCCAACUCUACAAAUCCCAGGAAGAAUCCAAGAAAUCCAAGGAAUUAAACGGUUCCGAUAUCGAGUACCACCGCGCCAAGAAAAAGAUCGCCCGUCACGAUGCCUUCUCCGUCAAGAAUUCCGGCGUCGACGCUCGUGCCCUCAAGGACAAGCUUGAGCUGAAAGCGGUUAAUGAUGGAUCAGUCAGCUACGCGGCAUUGGAGAAGAAGGCUGAGUUAUACGAUAAGUUAGUGAGAGGAGAGUUGUCGGAUGAGGAAGACAAGGAGAAGUAUUGUGUUGACUUUUUCAGGAAGGGUGUUGAGCAGGAGGAAUCCCAGCGGCCGCAAGUUGAUCAUGCUUCGGACAAUUUACAAGCUGGAGAUGAAGACGGUGACAGUGAUGAUGGUCCUGCUUCGUUUAACAUGAAAUUUGUAGGGCCGGGAAGAACGGCUGGGAUCAUAGACAAUGAUGAGCAUAAGCGUUUUGUAAGGGAAGUUCAUGAAGAAGCAAAUCAAGCAAGGGAAAAGGUGUCUGAGCUUAAAUUAAGAAGGCAAGAGCAAGCAGUUGCUCGUCGGGAGAAACUUAGGCAGGCCUAUCUUCGGAAACAACUUGAGAAGCUGAAGUCUGCAUCAAAAACAGAACAGACUUGAUUGGGGAGAGCUGGAAAGGGGAUCAGUGCAUUAUUUUAUUAGCAAGGGUCAGGCUCUAAGCAUGAGUGGCUGCUUUAUUUCUGAGCACAAGCAUAUGAUAGACUUUGUCAUUUCUUCUAUAUGCAAUGAAAAAAGAUGGAAUUUGGUUGAGCACUC